AUGACUAACAAAUCUAUAGUGACGGAGUUUCUUCUGAUGGGAUUUUCUGAUGAUCGUGACGGUCAAAUUCAGCAUUCUGUGAUAUUUCUUGUCGUCUACUUAAUAGCUUUAGUGGGCAACUUGCUUAUCAUCACAGCUGUAGCCCUAGAUUACCACCUUCACAGCCCCAUGUAUUUCUUUUUGGUCAACCUAGCAUUUAUAGACAUUUGCUACAUCACUACUACUGUUCCCAAAUCCAUAAGUGUUUCAUUAAAAAACAGCAAACAGAUCUCUUUUGCUGGGUGUGUUACACAAAUCUAUUUAGUUGUCGCUUGUGCUGGUGUUGAGCUUGCCUUACUCACUAUCAUGGCAUAUGACCGUUAUGUAGCAAUUUGCCUUCCGCUACAAUAUGGGUUAAUCAUGAAGAGGCAUGCUUGCUUCCAAAUGGUAGCGGCUUCCUGGAUAAGCAACCUGUUCCAUGCAGCACUGCAAACCGGUUUAACUUUCAGGUUGAACUUCUGUGGAUCUAAUGUGAUUGGGCAGUAUUUUUGUGAUAUGCCACAGUUGCAAAAGAUUUCUUGCACUGAUACAAAAGUCAAUGAGAUUAUGAUUUUUGUCGUUGUGUCUAGUGUGGAGUCAGUUUGUUUUGCAUUUAUCUGUGCUUCCUACGUCUACAUCUUCUUUGCAGUGCUGAGGAUUCCAUCAGUUCAAGCAAGAUACAAAGCAUUCUCUACCUGUACUCCCCACUUGACUGUCUUCUCUUUGUUUUUCAUCACAGGAGUGUGUUCAUACACAAGGCCUAGAGCACUCUCCACUCCCACUGUGGACUUAAUUUCCGCCGUCUUAUAUACAGUGUUACCACCAGUUCUGAAUCCCAUCAUCUAUAGUUUUAGGAACAAGGAUAUCCAAGAGGCGAUAUGGACAAUACCAAAAAAAAUUAAGGAUCUCAUGGCAUGA